UUUGGUUGUAACGAGGAGUAAAGGAUAAUAACAGUUUCUGAUCAAUCUGAGUAUAGCACAGAAUAUGGGAAGAUCUCCAUGCUGCGACGAGAAUGGCCUUAAGAAAGGUCCCUGGACUCCCGAAGAAGAUCAAAAGCUGGUUCAGCACAUUGAGAAACAUGGCCAUGGAAGUUGGAGAGCUCUCCCUAAGCUAGCCGGUCUGAACAGAUGUGGAAAAAGUUGUAGGCUAAGGUGGACUAACUAUUUAAGGCCUGAUAUCAAGAGGGGAAAGUUUUCUCAAGAAGAGGAGCAAACAAUUCUUCAUCUCCAUUCUAUUCUUGGAAACAAAUGGUCAGCAAUUGCGACCCACCUUCCUGGCAGGACGGAUAAUGAGAUAAAGAAUUUCUGGAAUACUCAUUUAAAGAAAAAGUUGAUUCAGAUGGGUUUUGAUCCAAUGACUCACCAACCCAGAACUGACCUUGUUUCCAGCUUGCCCUAUGUGCUAGCUUUGGCCAGCAUGACAGACCUCAUGGAUCAUCAGACCUUGGAUGAACAUGCUAUGAUGUUGCAAGCAGAGGCAGUCCAGCUGGCAAAGCUUCAAUACCUUCAUUAUCUAAUCCAAUCCUCAAACUCCUUAAGCCCCAACCACUACGACCAAAAUGCCACCACAAACAACAUGGAACCUCUCACUUUGUUAAACUCAAUCUCCAAUGUGAAAGAGAAUCCGGUGAUGUUGCAACCAGAUGCUCCUGCCUCAUUUUCACAUGGCAUUGCUAGUUCUCAACCACUCCACCACCCAAACGUGCUACCUCACCUUAUAGACCCACAAGUCUCUUUCAGUUCUCAAUCAUGUUUGAAUAGUGAGAUGGGUCAAGGUACUAACUUUGCAAUGGUAAGUCAAGGGGAUCACACGGUUGAUCAUGACUCUUCCUGGAUUAUUCCCUCUAUUCCUCCCAAUGCAAUAGCUACAUCAGCUAACAAUCCCGGAGAUGCCAGCAGCAGCACUUCUAGCUAUGGAGGAGGACCCCAAUCUUAUUGGCCUGAACUAUUUUUCGAGGACCCCAUCAUGCAUGACCUAUCUUAGUAUUUAUUUUCGAAGAGGUUCAAUUAUUGUGUGUUAUGCCGUGUUUGCUUCUUGUAACUUAAUUAGACCAUAUAUAUAUAUAUAUGCUCUAGUAUAUAUACGUGCAUAUACAUAUGUAUGCCCAUUUACAUACAUUCGUAUUUAUAUAUCAAUACAUGUGUUUGUACAUAACUCCGGGACAGUUUCAUCGAACUAGUUUGGUUGUCGGUAUGACAGCAUCGUUUUUAACAGUUAUAUUUUCUUUGC